AUGGGUUCAAGCUCAGAAGUAAUAUCUACAAUUGUAAAGAAGUGGAGAGAGCAUCCACCUUCUUCUUACUCCCUCAAGGUUGACAACUUCAAACAACUUGAGAAGUCAACAACCUGCUCUGAUGAUAAAUACCGGUCUCGUCUUUUUUCCUCGGGUGGAUAUAACUGGAGACUUAUCGUAUACCCACAAGGGAACAAAAAGGACAAUGGGAAAGGAUUCAUUUCGAUGUAUGUGGAAAUAGAGAGCAAAAGCUUGACAUCAGCACCUCAACGUGAGGUGUUUGCCGAACUCAUCUUCUUUGUCUACAACAAGAAAGAAAACAAAUACUUUACUAUUCAAGAUGCAGAAGCUAAACGGUUCAAUGCACUUAAGACAGUGUGGGGGUUGCAGCAAGUUCUUCCUUAUGAUGCUUUCAGUAAACCUGAAAAUGGUUACGUCUUUGAGGGAGAUCAAUGUGAGUUUGGUGUUGAGGUCACUGUUCCUUCACCCCUUACCAAAUGGGAAAUCCUCUCUUUUAAUGAGAAACUACAGGACCCCAAGUUCUCUUGGUCUGUUAAGAAAUUUUCUCAGCUGAAAGAGGAUAAAUACAUAUCAAACACUUUCGCAAUGGGAGAAAGGAAAUGGGUUCUGUGGCUGUAUCCGAAGGGUGACUCUAGAGUAGAUGGCAAAUGGCUAUCCCUUUUUCUGGUUUUAGCUGAUAGUGAAACAUUGAAAGUGGAUGAGAAGAUUUUGGCGCAAGCAAAUUUGCUAGUUCUAAACCCACUUGGAUCCAAUCACUUCGAAGCCAAAAUAAACAAAUGGCACAAUGAUGAAAACUUGGGUUGGGGUUGGAAUAAGCUUUUAUCUUUAGCUGAAGUUCGGAAGUCUUACUUGGACAAGGAAGACGCAUUGAACGUUGAGAUUGAAUUUGAAGCUGUUUCUUCCACCAAAUAUUCUCCCAUUAUCUGAGAACUACUAUUUUGCUAUUAGACAAUGCUAUGUCUUCCGACUUUUUUCCUUUAAUUAUUACUCGAAUUCUGUAUUUUCCAGAAAUUUGGUUCUGUAAAGGAAAACUUCCCUUUGCAAUUUUUAUUAUUCAGGAACACCACAGGUCCACAACUGUAAUCUAAAAA